AUGGCUGCACUGAGUUGUCUUUUGGACAGUGUUAGGAGGGACAUAAAGAAGGUGGACCGAGAACUAAGGCAAUUGCGAUGCAUCGACGAACUGAGCACGCGGUGCUUGUGUGACUUGUACAUGCACCCCUAUUGCUGCUGUGACCUGCACCCCUAUCCUUACUGCCUCUGCUAUUCGAAGAGAUCGCGCGCCUGUGGCCUGUGCGAUUUCUACCCCUGCUGCCUGUGUGAUGUCAAGCUCUACUGUCUGCGACCGUCGCUCAGAAGUUUGGAGAGGAAAGCCAUCAGAGCCAUCGAGGACGAGAAGAGAGAGCUUGCCAAGCUGAGAAGAACCACGAACCGGAUCCUGGCCUCCUCUUGCUGUAGUAGUAAUAUUUUGGGAUCGGUGAACGUGUGCGGCUUCGAGCCCGACCAAGUCAAGGUGCGCGUGAAGGACGGGAAGGUGUGCGUGUCGGCCGAGCGGGAGAACAGGUACGACUGCCUGGGCUCCAAGAAGUACAGCUACAUGAACAUCUGCAAGGAGUUCAGCCUGCCGCCGUGCGUGGACGAGAAGGACGUGACGUAUUCGUACGGGGUGGGCAGCUGCGUCAAGAUCGAGUCUCCCUGCUACCCGUGCACCUCCCCCUGCUCCCCCUGCGCCCCGUGCCCACCCUGCAGCCCCUGCUCCCCAUGCACCCCCUGCAGCCCGCUCUGCGACCCCUGCAGCCCCUGCUACCCGUGCAGUAGCCGAUUCUCCUGUAGAAAGGUGGUUCUGUAA